AUGGUUAUUGUGUGGGCCAUUGGUCGCUCCCCAUUGUCAUCUGAACAUCCUAUUAACAAUCCAAACAAGGCCGUUAUCGAGCAAAUUACUUGUUACGAUUGUUCCAGCAUGUUCUGUUACCACUGUCCGCCGAGCCUACAUCCGGGGUCUUCGCCAAGGAUACCAACGCUCGAAUUCCCUUACUCUCCGGCACACCCUUACACCAGCUACAGCUACCACCCGGACCUCCACGACGAGACCUUCGUCAGGAGGAAGCAGAGGAGAAACCGGACGACGUUUACCCUUCAGCAGCUGGAGGAACUGGAAAAUGCUUUCGCGCAGACACACUACCCAGACGUGUUCACAAGGGAAGAACUGGCCAUGAAGAUCAACCUGACGGAGGCGCGCGUGCAGGUCUGGUUCCAGAAUCGCCGAGCCAAAUGGAGGAAGAGCGAAAGACUGAAAGAAGAACAGAGAAAGAGAGAAGUGGUAGAAGGAGACCCAAACGCCAACACUCAGACACAGAGCGAGCCCGCAGACGAGGGCGAGGGCGCCACCAGCAGCCUGGAGGUCGCCUCGCCGCCUUCGCCCGGCUCCCCGCCUUCGUCGCGCCCGCACACGCCCACUCACGGCCACGCCCCCGCUACCUCCGCCGCCGCCGCCGCAUCCUCCUCCAGCGGCGACGAUUUCCCCGCCCAUCCCUCGCCCUCGGAGCCUCACGCCCACAUCCACCGCCACCACCACGUCCUGCAUCACGCCCUCUCGUCCACGUCCUCAGCCACGCCCCCUCCCCACGCCCCGAACCUGGAACAAGACGUCGACAGCCAAUCCGUGGCCUCCCCUCUGAGCUACGACCACGCUCGCUCCGCCUACGACGAGGAGGAGAGGUCGGGAUUGGCGGAGGAGGGCGGUGGGCGGGACCUCGGAGUGAUGGGGGCGGGCCGUCUGGAGGAGGAGGGGGAUGAGCGCGAAGAACCGCCCACCCCUCCGCCCAAACCUUUAUCUUCGCCCAAGACAGAAGAGCGCCGACUGGAAGGGGCGGCAACAUCCCCUGGCCCCACCCCUCUCGGUGACGUCACGUCUACGUCACAUCUCUCUCCACCACUCAUACGACCUCCAGUGUCCAUGAGCGGCGCGGUGGGCGAGGCCAUAGGCGGGUCGAGCUUCACGCCACACUUGUUUCCUUCGCUCAUAGACAGAUUGAAUAUAUUAAUUCUAAUUCUGUCUUCUGUGCUCCCCUCGACAGGUUUCCCGGGACUGUGCUCGUGCUGUCCCAUUAAGCCUCCCUCCUUCAACCCGCUCUCCAGCCUCGGCUCCGCCUCCUCAUUGGCCAACCCGCUCUCGUCACUAACCAAUCAGACACCUUCCCUCGCAUCCUUGGCCAGUCACCAGACGCCGCCGCCGCCGCCGGCCCUGGCCUCGCUGGCCAAUCACAACUCACCCUCGCUGGCCUCCCUCGGCGCCGCAGCGGCCGCCGCCGCCGCAGCCUCGGCCUCGGCGGCUGCGGCGGCCUCGGACCCGCGCAGUUCGAGCGUGGCGGAACUGCGGCGAAAAGCGCAGGAGCACUCUGCGGCUGUCCUGCAGAGCCUGCAGCACGCCGCCUCCCUGCACAGCCUGCACCAGAGCCUGCAGCACCACCAGCAUCAGCAGCACCACCACAGCGCCUCUUCCACAGCCCUCAGCAUCGAGAACCUUCUGAAGAGCGACCCUUCCCCGCCCGCGGCCCCGCUCCUGGCCGCGGACAGGGACGCCGCGCAGCAGUAG